AUGGUCGAUCUGCGCUCGUCGAUCCGGUCAAAGACCGGUGCCGGCGCGAGCGUGCAGAAGGCGGCCGGUACUCAAGCAUCAUCCUCAUCAGUCAGAGCAUCACGCGCCUUUCAAUCGGACGAGAACGCUCCGCUUGGAAGACGAGCGCUGGGCGAUAUCAAGAAUGUCGUCGCUGAUCGGAAGCCCGCCGCCGUCGAGGUCAGCACAUCGCGUCGAAAGCCACUGACCGAUCGCAACGCAAACCUUCAAAGCGACCUUUUUCUCUCUUCUGUCAAGGCCAAGUCUACCAAAUCUUCCAAGCAGGCACUCAAGAGCACCGCCGGUUUGUCGAAUCGAAGCAAGACCAUUCGACCAGAAAUCAAGACCAGGUCGGCAACCGCGUCGAAGGCAGCAGCCUCAGCACCACAUCGCGAGGCGCAUCUGCCUACUCCAUUGCCGCUGCAGACCAAAUCAGCUGAUCGAGCACCUCGUCCCAUGCCUCCAAGUGAUGAAGAGCUCUCUCGUCUCUCUCCCAACCUCGACAGCGACGAUCUCGGAUACUUUGACGUCGACAUUUUGGAAUCGAAUCAAACGGAGCACGUCGCUCAGAGGCAAGGCAAACGCGACCCAUCGCCGAGAUCGAAGGAUGAUUCUGACACCGACGCUUCGGCAUCUCAUGGAUCUUCGGACAAGGAGAAUGUGCCUCCAUCGGCCGCUGCAGCCAGCAAGGGAGACGGUUUCCGACAGGCGGGACGUGGUCGCACCGGAGUGCUCAGCGAGAUCGAAGAUGGUCAGCCAACGCAUUCCACCCCGGUCUCCCAGAAACGCAAAGGCACCAAAACGCAGGCUUUCAGCUCCAAGUAUCUCGAUGAAAACUUCCUCGACAAAUCCGACAAUUCGAGUCAGGCCGACUCUCCUGGUGUUCCUCGUCGAGCUGAGCCGCUGAGCGAUUCCACUAAGCAGCUGCAGGACUAUCAGGAUCAAGGCGUCACCAAAGUCAUGGCUUGGAAGGCUGAAGGCCACCAUCAAGCUCACCAGUCCCCCGAUGAUCUGUCCCUCGAAGGUGAAGAUGACCGUGCUGCUUCGUGGCCUACCGAUGAUGAUCUCGGCCCCUCAGCGGCUGAGCAGGGUCUCGGCAUGGAUGACGACUUCAUGGAUGACUUUGGCUUCCUUGUGGCCGACCGCAACAUUCGUCUUCGACAGGCACAGGCACUCGCUGCUGAAGAAGAGGGAGGAGAUCUUGAUGAGGGGGACGCCACCGACGUGAUGGAAGACCUUCCCUCCGAUCCACCCGUGAACACCACGAGCGAUGAUCGUCGUCUCGCCGAGCAGGUGUUUGCACGCAUGUCCUCUCCGGCAGCUGGCCAAGGUGAUCGCAGAUCCACCACCACCGAGUCGAGCUCCAUUGCGUAUAUGGGUGCGCAAAGGGUCGAUCUCCCGCCGCCUUCCGAGGGCGAAUCCGAAGAACAGGAAGAUCUUGAUGUCAAAGUCAAAGCUGAACUGCCCACGCAGCGACGCAAGACGGCGGCGGUCAAAGCGGAAAUCACCUCAGAGCGACGCAUGACUCGAGCGAGCGCAAAGCGAAAGAGCGAUGCUGCUGCGGCUGCCGAAGACAAUGGCUCGCGGGAGUCCUCUCCGAUGCUGACUCCUCCGCCAGCCCACUCUACCCGUCAGGCUGCUGCUCGCGCCGCCAUGAGCCGACAAUCUUUGACCGGCAUACCCCUGAAGAGGAGCGAAAAGAAGGAGCAAGCCAUGCUCCAAAGGCUGGCCGCAGAGGCAGCGUCGUCAUCCGUGUACUCUUCAGCUCCUCCUUCGCCUCAAAACAGGGGCUCGAGCAAGAGAAUCCGCAUGGAAGACAUCGUGGCUAUGCUGCCUGGUAGAAAGCGCCUGGCGAAGGCUUCCGCACGCAAGGCCAAGGCUACCAGCAGAGUAUCCCACUCGAACGCUAGUGGCAGGUCUGCCAAAGCGAAGGCGCCUGCGUCCAAGGACGACUCUGACGAGGAUUUCGAUCAGGUGCCCACGAGCAAGUCGACGAAGCGAAGUCCUGCGCCCAAGCCAAAGAAGGGCAAGUCCCGCGCUCAGCUCAAGAGCACGGACGAAACAGAAGACUGGAGAAACCUCGUCCAUUCUUCCCAGAUCCACUCCGACGAUUCGGAGACCACCAAGAGGCGAAAGGAGUACCUCGCAGCCGAAAACUACUCCUUGGAGGUGGAGACCGUUCUCUGA